ACAAAUGGGACAAAGCUUAAAAUCUCGUGAAUUUCUCUCUUCCAUUGAACCCUGCAAAUGGCCUUAAACCCUUAUUUCCAUUUCCACCAUCUCCCUCAAUUAUCCACACAAACAAAUACAAUUCAUUACCCUGUAUCUAUAUCUACAUUUAUCUCAAACUUCAAUCACACCCCACAUCUUCAAAUCCCACUUGCACUUUCCAAAGAUUCUGAUUCAGUAUAUGAAGAGAACAAAAAACCCGAAAAAACCCACAAACCAAAACCUAAAUUACACACUGAAACACCACAAAGUUCCAAACUUGAUGACCAAAAACCAUUUCCUACAACAAUCCCAAAAAAACCCAGAAGAGGAAGAAGAAGUGAAGCAUCUGCAGUUGAAGAUUUUAUGAGGAAUUCGUUGGAAGAAACGUUUGCGGCGAUUCGCGAGCAAAAUAACGAGGUUUUUAGUGGUGAUGAGAGUGUUUUUAAGGAAAAGAUUGAUGAUGGUUUUGAUGAGGAUGAGGAUGAUGAGAAGAAAAAGGGGAUGGUGGUGGAAGAAGACGAUCCAAAUUGGCCGUUGGAUGCGGAAGUUGGGUGGGGAAUUCGGGCUUCAGAGUAUUUUGAAAAGCACCCAAUUAAGAAUGUGAUUGGGGAAGAUGGGGUUGAGAUUGAUUGGGAAGGUGAGUUGGAUGAUAAUCUGGUUAAGGAGAUUAAUUGUUUGGAAUGGGAGAGUUUUGCUUUUCAUCCUAGUCCGUUGAUCGUGCUCGUUUUUGAACGUUACAAUCGGGCAAGCGAAAAUUGGAGGGCCUUAAAGGAGUUAGAGAAGGCUGCCAAGGUGUACUGGAAUGCAAAAGAUCGGCUGCCACCUCGGACGGUGAAGCUUGAUAUGAACAUUGAGACAGACCUUGCAUAUGCACUCAAGAUUAGGGAAUGUCCACAACUCUUGUUUUUACGAGGAAACAGAAUCAUUUAUAGGGAACCACAGAUUCGAACAGCAGAUGAGUUGGUGCAGAUGAUAGCACAUUUUUACUACAAAGCUAGAAAACCGUCAUGGAUGAAAGAUGCAAAAUUGUAUACAUGAUUAUUGCGUUCUGUAUUCUUUUGUGGUGAAGUGGUAAUAACAGUCGUAUUAUAUAAGAAUAUGUUUUGAUUCAAAUAAUGUAUCUAUACAACAAAUUCUCUGUAAUUUCAUAAAAUAUAAUACAGCUGAAAUCAAACUCGCAAA